CUCUGGGCCAUGGGCAACGCCAAGAGCGGCGCCCUGUCCAAGGAGAUCCUGGAGGAGCUCAAGACCAGCACCCGUUACUCGGAGGAGGAAUUGUGCCGCUGGUACGAGAGUUUCCAGCGCCAGUGCCCGGACGGGCGCAUCAGCCGCGCCGAGUUCGAGAAAAUCUACGGCACCUUCUUCCCCAACUCGGACCCGCAGGGCUACGCGCGCCACGUCUUCCGCAGCUUCGACACCAACGACGACGGAACCCUCGAUUUUCGGGAGUACAUAAUAGCGUUACAUCUCACCUCAUCGGGGAAAACGCAUUUGAAGCUGGAAUGGGCGUUUUCGCUCUUCGAUGUGGAUAGGAAUGGAGAGAUCAGCAAGAAUGAGGUGUUGGAGAUCAUCACG